AUGGCGAAAAAAUUUUCGGCUUCACAAAUUAAAGAAAUAUUAGACAUUCAUGAGAACACAAUGAUGAAAAUAUUUAAUGAAAAAUUUGAAAGAUUGGAAAAACAGAUUGAUAAGUUGAAUGAAGACAAUAAUAUUCUUAAAACUGAAGUAAGCGAAUUGAAAAAAGCUGUCGAAUUUAUUAGCGAAAAAUACGACAAAAUAAUAAUUGAACAAGAAGGAUUGAAGGCUGAUUGCGCAAAACCAGAAAGAAACCUAGAAAAGAGUUUAACCAUUAAUUUGAGAGACAAACUGGCUGAGAUUGAAGACCGAAGUAGGAGAAACAAUUUAAGGAUAUCCGGUACAGAAGAAUCAGUCGAUGAAAGUUGGGACGAUUGUGAAAGUAAAGUUCGUGAAUUAAUAAAAAAAAAACUUGAUCUUCAAGGUGAAUUCAUUAUUGAACGAGCUCAUAGAGUUGGAAAAAAUGAUAAAGAUAAUACAAUUAAAAAAUGCAGAACUAUCGUGGUCAAAUUUUAA